AGGGCUGCCUUUUACACGAAAUAUGACAAACUUUAGUGCCAAGUUCGCAUUUUUUUAAUUAAUAUUUACCACAAACUAUUUUCUUAUCGUGAUCGUGAGUUAACAUAUUUUAAAAUACAAAUAUUCCCAAACUUCACAAAUUUUCGUCUCCCUGGAAAAACAAAACUUUUCGCAGAAAUUUUCUAAAAUCAGAGACUUUUCCGACCAUUUUGGACUGCACACCAUCCAACCUACACAACCACCUGCCCUGAAUAAAUCUGGGGUGACAUACAUUCAAAAAUCUGCACGUGCAAAUAUUCGCCGAUCAUGCUGGACUCGGAAAACUUCCCAUUUGAGGAGAGCGACCGCGAAACCUCGACCUCUCCAGGGUCCUCAUUUUCCGCGUCUUCCCCCCUUGCUGGCGGUAUUUUGGGGGAGGAGGAGCUCAGAACUAUCCCCAGCUAUCGGAUCAGAAGAAGGCGACCGAACUGCGUGAAAAUUACGAAAAUUGAGAUUACGGGACAGACCAUGUUAUGUUUCCCACAAGACCGGUCCUGGUUCCAGGGCGACAUUUCCACCGACGACGACUCCUCCUACUCACUUUUCGGAAAUAUAAUCGACCCUCCUCCCCACAGGAUGGAUCUCCAAGACAAGAACAACAAUAAGGGGGAGGACGUCCUUGACGAUUUCGACGACGCAGGAUCUAGUCUCCUUUACAGAGUCGCACUCACCGACCACUUCACCGGCCUGUCCCACCGCCUCCCCCACCUCGGGGUGCACCUCGACAUGAAAACCUCCACGACCAUCUUCAACACUGGGGGUGCAGAUGUCCAGGUCGAUUUUACCGUCGAGGAGAUCUGCCGCGGCCAGAAGGCGGACAUCAUGCUCCAGCGCCACUCCGGCUCCUCGUCCCUCGUCGGGAAGGGCUGCCUCGUCCUUUCCGGCCCCAUCUCGCUCUCAUUCCCGGACAUGACGCCGAACCACACGCCCUCCUCCUCCCCCGCAUCGCCUAACUGGAGCCUCUAAAUAUCCACGGCUAAUUAUCUAUUACACCUAAUUUACUUAUCUCACUAACUAAUUUCUUAAAUUGUAUCAAACACCUGGCCAAAAAAUUACGAAAUUAAGUAAGCAAUACAUAUGCAUUUUACGUCUUUUCAA